AUGACUCUUGUGCAGAAGAAGAGCAUCGAUGAUGCUACCCUCAAGGGAAAGAAGGUGCUCAUCCGCGUGGACUUCAACGUUCCCGUGAAGAACGGGAAGAUCACGAACGACUUCCGCAUCCGCGCCGCCCUUCCGACGAUCCAGAAAGUGCUGAAGGAGGAUGGCUCCUGCAUCCUGAUGAGCCACCUUGGCCGCCCGAAGGGUGCUAAGAUGAGUGACCCAAAGCCAGCGAAGGGUGUGCGCGGGUACGAGGAGGCCGCCACCCUGCGCCCGGUCGCUGAGCGCGUCGCAGAGCUCCUGGGGCGGAAGGUGGAGUUUGCACCCGACUGCCUGGAUGCUGCGCUGUAUGUGUCAAAGCUAAAGGGUGGCGACGUGCUGCUGCUCGAGAAUGUGCGCUUCUACACAGAAGAGGGCAGUAAGAAGGAGGAGGAGCGCGACGCGAUGGCGAAGGUACUGGCAUCAUACGCGGACGUGUACAUCAGUGAUGCCUUUGGUACUGCGCACCGCGACAGUGCGACGAUGACAGGGAUCCCCAAGGUGCUUGGUGCGGGCUACGCCGGGUACCUGAUGGAAAAGGAGAUCAACUAUUUUGCGCGAGUGCUGAACAACCCGCCGAGGCCGCUGGUUGCGAUUGUUGGUGGCGCGAAGGUUAGCGACAAGAUCCAACUGCUUGACAACAUGCUGGACCGCAUCAACUUCCUUGUGAUUGGUGGCGCGAUGGCGUACACGUUCCAGAAGGCGCAGGGAUACAAGAUCGGAAUCUCGAUGUGCGAGGAGGAUAAGCUGGACCUUGCCAAGUCGCUGUUGAAGAAAGCGCAGGAGCGCGGCGUGCAGGUGCUUUUUCCGGUUGACCACGUGUGCCACAAGGAGUUCAAGGCUGUGGAGUCACCGCUGGUGACGGAGGGCGUGGACAUUCCGGAUGGCUACAUGGCGCUCGACAUUGGUCCGAAGACGAUCCGCAUGUACGAGGAUGUGAUUGGCCGCUGCAAUAGCGCGAUCUGGAAUGGUCCGAUGGGCGUGUUCGAGAUGGCAUGCUACUCGAAGGGUACGUUCGCUGUUGCGAAGGCGAUGGGAGCUGGCACGCAGAAGAAUGGGCUGAUGAGCAUCAUCGGCGGUGGCGACAGCGCGAGCGCUGCAGAAAUGAGCGGCGAGGCAAAGAAUAUGUCGCAUGUAUCCACCGGAGGCGGUGCGUCGCUGGAGCUGCUGGAGGGCAAGACGCUGCCUGGCGUUGCCGUUCUCACGGAUAAGAUUGUGAAGGAACGGGCAGCUUCGAGCAAGGGCUCUUUUGGGGGUUCUAGUUCGCGUAGGGAGUCUGCUCCGCGCCGUUCCGGGUGUGCCUUCGGAGGUGCCUCAAUCGUAGUGGAGAUCAUUAAGCUCCUCGGUGCACUGGCGAUUGGAAUCUUUAUUGGUCGCCGCAUGAGCACCAAACUGCUCCAGUAG